AUGGCCCUCGCAGGCUCGGAACCAAUGGCUCGAGUGGGCGGACUCAGCAAAAGAGCUCCUCGAGCAUGUGAAUCGUGCAGAGCUCGUAAGGUUAGGUGCGACGUUACGCGGACAAAAGCUCCAUGUACAAAUUGUAGGCUUGACAGCAAGACUUGUGUGCUGCCAGCAAGCAGACGAAGGCACGUGGGCGACCGGGUUCUGGGUUCCUCCUUCUUGGAAGGCAAGCAGCACAAUCCACAAAGCCCGAUUUGCGAUGCGAUCAUUGACUUCGGCGAUACGAAGCCUGUAACACUGCACAACCACAUUGACAAGACCCAUGCGCCGCCCAGAGACGGCUCGUUCGAUGUGUUCGACCUUGCAGAGAGCCCUCUGUCCAUAAAUGACAAGGCUGCCGGAGUCGGCUGCCCAACGAAGGACAAUGUGAUCAACAGCAAGGCCUACUACCCAGCAAGUCUUCUGACACCAUAUCCCUCACCAACUCAGUCGCUCUUGGACUAUCCUCAUAGCCACUGGAUGCUCCCGAACUACAUCACACCAAUUCCGGGAAGCAUAUCCGGAGAAGACUUGCAGUAUCUCAACAGAAAAGGCGCUUUUGAUAUUCCCGACACGCAACUGAGGGACCAGCUGCUGGAGGCGUAUGCGAGAUGGAUCCACCCUUUCGCACCCAUGCUAGAUCUUGAGCAAAUCUUGACGGCAAUUUUCACCAAUGGCGAGAAGGGGACGCUCGGCCUUCUUCUCUUUCAGUCAAUCCUCUUCGCUGCAAGUGCAUAUGUGCAGACAGAUUAUCAGCAGGGCUAUCGGAAGCGGUUGAGAAAGACGUUUUACGAGCGUGCGCGGCUUCUCCACGACUUUGAUGCCGAGACCGACCGACUCUCCCUCAGUCAGGCAGCCAUUCUGCUCAGUCUCUGGGAUGGGCAGCCCGGCUCAGUCAGAGACAGCUAUCAUUGGAUCGGUAUAGCGACCCUGCACGCUACCAGUCUGGGACUGAACGUUACUCCUGCAGAAGCCCUAGUUGAAACGAGGCGGCAGCGAACGCUCAACAAGACGUGGUGGACUUUACUUGUACGGGACAGGCUACUGGCUGUUGCCAUGCGGCGACCGGUCCAGAAUAAGGUGUUUCGAUUCGAUGCCCCUAUGCUCCAUCUUCUGGACUUCAGGCCGGAACCUUUGGUCAAGGUGUUGCGCAAGACGUUGCACCUGGAAGAUGUUACAGUGCGCCAUAUGGAAACGCUGGUCAGCCUGUGGAUGGCGCUCGCUCAGCUUUCCGAGUACAUUGACAAGGUGCUCAGUCUACAGUACACUUCUCAGAGAGCCUCGGCACUCCCUGGCCAGGGCUUGGCAGUCAUGUCACUCGUCCCACAGAUGGACGUUUCGAAGAGUUCGGAGAUCAGGGCUUGCGGGCUGGAGCUGCAAAACUGGUAUGGGUACUUACCGAAGGAGGUCCAGCUACUCGACGUAGCCUCCAGCCGUCCGGACGACAUAGAGACCAUCAGAGUGCACCGCCAACUGCUGGCCGGCUACUAUUCGAUGACGCUCAUGACGCUCUACCGGCCUUUGUUGAAUCUGCAGUCCACCGUUCCGAGCGAAACGACAUUGUGUCGGGAAUCAAUGAAGAUGGUCUCGCAAGCGGCCGCGAGCAUCACGGACAUCUUCAAGGAUUUGUAUGCCGACAACUUGAUCAGCCGGCUGCCAGACACAGCAAUAGCAGUGCUGGAGCCUGCUGUAGCAACGCACUUGCUCUGCAGCAUGUCCGUAACGCCCACGGUCCGAGACUCGAGCUUCCAAAAAUUCUACCUAUGCUGGCGGAUCCUGCUCCAGUUCAAGCAGACAUAUCAUCUCGCAGACAUGACCAUGUCCAUGCUGGAUGCAGCUGCAAAGAGGCUCAAGUCGCCGUCCGAUCUCAAGGCCCUGAAGAAGGCGGCCUUUUCCCAGCUGAUGGAUGAGCUAGCGUCCGCAGAUGAAGAAGCCGCCAGAACUUACAUGGCCGUUCCGUUCCACGGGGUGGUUGGUGAGCAGAAAACGGACCGCUCCGAUGUAGUCCAUGACUGGCCAAGACAAAGCAGACCACAAGGGGAACCCAGUUUUCCUGGAGAAACCGGCAAGGAUCUCGACCAUGGUUUUGAGGUCGACACCGAGUCGGUCUUGGAUCUUAGUCCCUUCGACCAGCUUAUGUGCCUGGACGACCUGGAAGCAGAGCUGCUGCUGUAA